ACAACUUCUCGAAUGUAUGUAUGUUUGCUCAAACACUUCAACUCGUCCUGGCACAAUCCAUGAGCUACAGAGACGCUCUGGCAGACGCAGGCAAUUCGAUCAACAUCUGAUGAUUACUUACUGAAGCUCUUUGCGACAUGGCUGAUUUAGCAGACGCCGCCAUGCUGGAGGCUGCCAAUUCGGCCUCUGCUGGUGAGCAUCAUGGAUCGUCAGGGCAGGACACCGACAAUAAAUUCCAGAAGGCGAUAUCAGCAUGGCGAAGUAGGCAUUCAUAUCCUGAGAGGCUGUCAUCUGCUAAUUACAACAAGACAUCAAUCUCACAACGAUGAUUCCAUCCCUGGACAAUACCGCAUCGGAGAUUGUGCAGUACCAACGAGAUUCGACUGUGCAGCGGAAAGACCUGGCACAGAAAACGAAAGACUUCAGGAAAUUGGACGACAGUGCCAAGCUCGGAGAGAUCAAAGGGCUGUUGAAAGCAUACCAAACCUUCAUCGACCUGCUCACGAAUCAUUCCAAAUCAACCAACUCUGCAUUCCUGCAAGUCUACUCCUCACUUUCCGAAGCACCCGAUCCAUAUCCACUUCUAGAGGCAUCGGUCGACUCCCUACUUCUGUCCGAAGAUACGCUCCCAAAAGUCACACAGGAGAAUGAGCAUCUACAAAAGAGUGUCAGCAAGCUUACAUCACAACUGGAAGAUACGGAAUCGCGACUGGAAGCCGAAAGAGCAACACGAAAGGGAAUUGAGGAGGGUUUGGAGACAAAAGUUAAGGAGGUCGAGACUUCAUGGGCAGCCGUGCUGGAAGAGAAGAAAGAUAACUGGGAAGCCAAAGAAAAACUUCUCGAAGAGAAAGUGGAGAACCAAGACCGACUUUUGAACGAGAUUAAGGCCAGUUAUGAAGUUACGCAGCGUCUGGGACAGUCUGAGUCGGAAAAUGAAGGCGGCAGGGGAAAUGUUACCAGUGCGGAAUUGGAAAUGGUCAACUCGGACCUCGAGCGAACGAGUGUGCGAUUGGCAGAAGUUGAAGCCCGGAACGAACAAUUAAGAAUCGAGCUCGCGCAAUCAGCAUCUCAAGUACCUAGUCAACCAGCCUUGAACCUAGAAGAUGACCCAUCUUUCAUGAGAAUAAGAUCUGAGAACUCGUCCCUUUUGCGGAAGCUUGAUGCUGCACGGGUUGAGCGGGACUCUAGAAAGCGAGAAUUGGAUGGGAGACUACGGACUCUUGAACGGGAAAUUGCAAUGCUGAAGGAAGAGCGUGAUACUCUGCUCACCAAAGUAAAGAAAUGGAGCGACUAUGAAGACGUCAAACAGGAGCUGGAAGUGUUGAAGAGCAUUGAAUUUUCAACAGGAGAUGAUGAUGACCCAGAUGUUGCUGAUGCAACACCUGUGUCCCAGGCUGGAGCAGAGAACGGUGCCAAAGGGAAAGGGGACACAUUAGAGCAGCUUCUGCUUGCUCGAAACAAAAAACUCAGUGACGAAUUGACUAUUCUCAGAGUUUCACACCAAGACCUCCAGGGCCGGCUCCAGUCAAUGCAGGAGGAAUUGUCUAAGACAAACACCGAACUUGAGAGAGCUCAACAUCUGAACUCUACCCUGGAGAACGACCUAGCAAAUGUUCAUGAGUCUGCAAAUGCUUAUCCGUCUGGGGCAUCAGUUGCUGGAACAUACGCAAGCAGAUAUCCCCAGUCAUCAGCAAAUUUCGGUCGUAAAGGCAAAGUAUCGCCCACCUCGUCGAUUAUCUCCGGAUUCGAUCCAAGAUCAGCAUCAUUGGGCACAACUUCUCUUGAGGCUUUGAGAUCUGGAGAACCAGUCGGCGGUGGGUCCGGCAUUUUACCAAUGAUCACAGCACAGCGUGAUCGAUUCAAGAAAAGAAACACUCAACUUGAAAAUGAGCUUUCAGAGAGCCAUCGCACAGUUUCGUCUUUGCGACAGGAAGUAGCAUCCUUGCAGAAGGACAAUCUAAAUCUGUACGAGAAGACACGAUAUGUCUCUACAUACAACAGAGCCGGGCCGACAGCUUCCUCCGCUUCUUCGUAUUCUACGAAUCCCAACCCUUCAACGAUUCAAAUGUCCAAUUCAACGUCGUCUGGACUUGCACUGGAUCGCUAUCGCUCAGCCUACGAAUCGAACAUUUCUCCAUUUGCCGCAUUUCGAGGAAGAGAGUCAGCUCGAGCGUAUAAGCGCAUGAGCCUUCCAGAGCGCAUAGUUUUUUCGAUUACAAGAAUGGUUUUGGCUACCAGGACGAGUCGCAACCUGUUUGCGGGGUACUGCGUGGCAUUGCAUCUCGUUGUGUUCCUUUCCCUAUACUGGCUGGGUACAGGGGAUGCCGGGAGCAAUUUAGGAGCAGUCGCUGCCGCUGGAGCGGGACCAGUUCUUGCAAGUCCCGGGGAGGACUUGACAACACACGGCGAAUGGAAACAGGCAGGGUUCAGCGACAAGUCAUCGUGAGAAUGCGAGAGGAAUGUAUUAUUUGUGACAAUCAAUAGCGGCCAAGGCCAGUUUCUGAUCCGUUCCUAGAUUCCCGCACAUGAGAUGCUUGUUUGAUUGUUCCAUCAAUGGUUCCUGGGGAAGGCUCAAUUUUUCAGCGUGGGGUAAUUUGACCUGUGGUCGAAAUUGCGCAGACCUAAACCAGUACAGAUGGGCCACUACGUUCAGGGACAAUUGAAUCUUGCAUGAUUACAGUAGACCAUGCGGUGACCAUGAGCCUGGUGUUAUUUUUUUUCACUGACCGAAGCCAUGUGGAGUGGAGACAAGCGACCAGGAAUUGGCCAAGUCUCGAGUCUUGUCAUAUUUGACUUCAGCGGCAUAGCGAGGCUUCAAGCCCAGGCGCCACGAUUCCAGAUUUUUUUCAUCGGGAUUCUCUUCCUAGACUUCCAAACGCUUUCGAGAAGCUCUUUCAAUUGCUUGCAUAAUAAUAGCCACAAAAAGCGAUUCCCGCCAGAGGAUCCUCAUCGACUCCACUGGCCGCCGCAGAAGCCGACCCGCAAUUUCAGACGAUCAUUUCUCGGAUAGAACAAACAUCUGCCCCCAUUGGCCAGUUCAGAUAAGGUUGGCGGGGAGCCGCACGCCACGGUCCAAAAAUACUUUCUCUAAGCGCUGGCGAUCUGUCAGCUAUGAAUAGCUUCUUCUGUUCAAGAUUGCCUGCCAUCCAAUACUUUCUACCGCGCCAACACUCCCACGCUCGACGAGAAAUCAAUCGCGGCUAUGGACCUCUUGGAGGCGUCAAAAUAUUGGGAGGACAGCCAAGGUCUUCAUUCCAUCCCAGGUUCACUCUAGCGGAUUCGGGAGCGUCACUGCAAGAAAUACGUGGAGGUCUUGGUAUGAACUCCGCGGUUGAAGGGUUCCAGGAUACACGAUAUCUAAACGCUGUUCUACCAGGACCAGCUACAGUAUGAAGCAAAGCAAGCUGCCAAUGGAAAUUGUGCUUUUAGUGGACUGCUCUAAUGUGCUCCAGUAUGCAGCAUAUGCAUCCACCCGGCCUCACAAAUGUUAUGUUUUAGUGUUCGGAGAACAUGGCCAGGAAAUGCGGGUGGAAGCAUCCCAUAAUUCUUACUCCACACGGCCGCUAUCAGUCAAACCCUAUUCUAAGACGCACAGAGGAUCAUACACCUAUGCUAUUUCAGAGGCAGGAUUAGGCUGAAGUGAUGUGAUCGCUGCAGCGUUUAGAAGCUCUGACAACAAGUUCAGUUGAAUUCAGCAUAGGGACCUCUGCUGAAGGGGGCGGCGAUCUACGAACAGCGUUUGAUGCUCUGGGCAGCGCUGCAAGGAGAGGACUUCGAGACGCGAAGUGUUUCCUGGGAGAAGAACCCCCAAGUGCCCCAAGGUGCCCCAAGCCAUAAGUUAGGCUUUCCAUUUCGACGAAGGGGAGAGGGGGGCCAGGCUGCCCUCUGCCCUCCCUAUUUGUCCAGCAAGCGGUCUGGUUGUCAGCGACCGAGCGUCAAAUGUCUCUCGGUUAGCGCAGCUCCGCUCCCGCCUCCUCCUGGCAGCGCCCGCUCUCACGAUAGGCUGGGGUCGCAUCCUCGCUUCUCGCCCGCAGGGGACUUAUUGCGAAUCAGCGUCUGCGAUGGAACCACCCCGUUUUAGAAUACAUGGUUACCGCUGCCCAGGAUUAUUUGCAGCGCGAUGUACUCGUAGUGUGGUCGGCCAAACCCAACCCAACCCAACCCUCUGCAUUCUAAAACUGGAACUGGGCAAGAAAUUGCACAUACUCAUGGCCUGUAUAAGACCGUUCGCAGAUCCAGCCAGGUAAGGAGCCUGAUUCUCAUAUCA